CCGGACGGCCUCACUGGGCACCGAGCGGGCGCCGUGGGACACCAGGCGCGCGCCGCUGCCUGUUUGGCCCGUGGCCCGUGGCCCGUGGGCCGUGGCCGGCCGUCCAACAUGGUGGACUACUACGAGGUGCUGGGCGUGCCCCGCCAGGCCUCCUCCGACGCCAUCAAGAAGGCCUACCGCAAGCUGGCGCUCAGGUGGCACCCGGACAAAAACCCGGAGAACAAGGAGGAGGCGGAGAGGAGGUUCAAACAAGUGGCCCAGGCGUACGAGGUGCUGUCGGACUCCAAGAAGAGAGCCGUCUACGACCGCUACGGCGAGGCGGGCGUGGAGGCCGGCGGCGGCGGCGGCGGGCCCUUCGAGGACCCCUUCGAGUGUGUCUUUACCUUCCGCGACCCGGUCGAGGUCUUCAGGGAGUUUUUUGGCGGCCGGGACCCAUUUUCGUUUGACUUGUUCAGAGACCCGUUUGAUACCAUUUUGGGAGGUCGGAGAAGCAGGAGCAGAGGGUCCUCGCCCCUUUUCCCCGCCUUCAGGGAGUUCCCAGCCUUUGGUGGGUUUUCUUCUUUCGAUACAGGAUUUCAUUCCUUCGCCUCUCUGGGGAAUGGGGGCCUCUCGUCCUUCUCCACGUCUUGCGGUAGUGGCGGUGGGAUGGGUAACUUCAAGUCCGUGUCAACUUCCACCGAAAUCAUUAAUGGCAAGAAAACCACCACCAAGAGAAUUGUCGAGAAUGGCCAAGAGCGGGUGGAAGUGGAGCAAGACGGCGAGUUGAAGUCCCUGAUCAUAAACGGCAGAGAGCAGUUGCUGCACAUUGACACCAAGUAACUCCAGCCCACCCCACGUUUCGCUUACAGCACACGGGGAGGAAUGGCAGGACAUUUUUUUGGAGAUUGCAAGUGAGCUCUACUUUCAAAAUAACUACUGGGCACUUUAUAAACGGUUCAAUGCCUUUGCCUGUUUGUUGUUCUUCUUAGGACCACGCUAAUAGGACUUCUCUUUGUUUCUCUUUAAAACUGUUGCAAAUGUCUGCAUACACUUUCCUACUUAUUAAACACAAUCUUGAGGCUGACGGUUUUAAUGUCACGUUAAGACAGCGGUUCUCAACCUCUGGGUCGCGACCCUUUUGGGGGUCGAAGGACCCUUUCACAGGGGUCGCCUAAGACCAUCGGAAAACACAUAUAUAAUUACAUAUUGUUUUUGUGAUUAAUCACUAUGCUUUAAUUAUGUUCAAUUUGUAACAAUGAAAAUACAUCCUGCAUAUCAGAUAUUUACAUUACAAUUCAUAACGGUAGCAAAAUUACAGUUAUGAAGUAGCAACGAAAAUAAUCUUAUGGUUGGGGGGUCACCACAACAUGAGGAACUGUAUUAAAGGGUCGUGGCAUUAGGAAGGUUGAGAACCACUGACUUAGAGGAUAAGAAUAUUUCUGUAAGACCAGGGAGAGUGCUUCAUUUGACAUAUCUACAUUUGACAAAAUUCAGAGGAAUUCUUUACCUUGGAGCUUUAUGAAAAAAAAUAUUUGUUGAAAAUAAGUACAUUCAUAUCAUUGCGGGGGGACAGUAGCUGACUUGAAGUAAGCAAAAAAUAACAUUUUUAAAUGCACAUCAAAAGCAAAAAAACAAACAAUUGAUAAUGGAGAAAGUAAAAUCAGUGAUACAAACAUACUCUUUCAGAGAUACUCUCCUAUGAUGCAUCAGAAAAAUAGAGGAGAUAAACUUAAAGAGUAAGAUGAUAGUGACAGCCCUAACUGAUUUGGCUCAGUGGAUAGAGCGUCGGCCUGCGGACUCAAGGGUCCCAGGUUCGAUUCGGGUCAAGGGCAUGUACCUUGGUUGCGGGCACAUUCUCAGUAGGGGGAAUGCAGGAGGCAGCUGAUCGAUGUUUCUCUCUCAUCGAUGUUUCUAACU